CCUAUAGCCUAAAUAAAACCCUAAACUCCCAAAAAAUUACUCCUACUAAAAAUUCGCAUUCAAUUUUCGCCUCUCUCUCUCUCUCUCUCUCUCUCUCUCUCUCUCUCUUCUUUUCCUUCAAAGAAAUGGGUGACAGCCCAAAGAAACCAAAUGUCAAGAAGAAGAAGAAGCGUGGAGGUAGCAAGAAGAAGAUGACAGUCGAACAGAGCAUAGCGUAUAAACGCGUGAGUGAAUGGGUUUUCUUGGACCGGUCUUCAGCGCCUGCCAAUUCCUCUGCCACGGAUGAUGAUUUUGCGGCUGCCGUGAUAAACCACGGCAAGUUAUCUGAGAAGUUGGUGUUCGAAUUGCAUUCGCAUUCGAUUUGCAGUGAUGGAUUCUUGUCACCUGCCAAACUCGUUGAGAGAGCCCAUCAAAAUGGGGUGAAAGUUCUCUCUCUGACAGAUCACGACACCAUGGCUGGCAUUCCUGAAGCACUGGUUGCAGCUCGCAGAUUUGGUAUCAAGAUCAUCCCUGGUGUCGAAAUUAGUACAAUCUACUACCCAAGGGGGGAGUCUGGUUCCGAGGAACCAGUUCACAUCCUUGCAUAUUACAGCAGCUGCGGGCCAACGAGAUCUGAAGAACUGGAGAAGUUUUUGGCUAACAUAAGGGAUGGACGUUAUCUACGUGCAAAGAACAUGAUUUCAAAAUUGAACAAACUUAAAUUUCCUCUCAAGUGGGAGCAAGUUGCGAAGAUUGCUGGCAAGGGUGUAGCUCCUGGGAGACUACAUGUUGCUCGAGCUAUGGUUGAAGAAGGUUACGUUGAGAAUCUGAAACAAGCUUUUGCCCGAUACCUUUAUGAUGGCGGACCUGCUUAUUCAACAGGGAGUGAACCUCUUGCGGAGGAAGCAGUGCAAUUUAUAUGUGAAACUGGGGGGGUGGCUGUGCUGGCUCAUCCGUGGGCGUUGAAGAAUCCUGUUGCCAUUGUAAGGAGGCUGAAAGAUGCAGGCCUUCAUGGAAUAGAGGUUUAUAGAAGCGAUGGAAGAUUGGCAGUAUACAGUGACCUAGCAGAUGCAUACGACCUAAUUAAGCUUGGAGGAUCAGAUUUCCAUGGGAGAGGUGGGCAAAGCGAGUCUAAUUUGGGAAGUGUGAGCCUUCCAGUUUUAGCCGUGAAUGACUUCCUAAGGGCAGCAAGACCAAUAUGGUGUGGUGCUAUAAGGGGUAUUCUCGAGAACUAUGCUGAGGAUCCCUCUCAAUCUAAGCUAGUCCAGAUCAUGAAGUUUGGCAAGACUAGGAGGGUUCUCAAGGGUGGGUCACUUGUUAAGAGCAAAUGUGAUUUGAUUGAUCUUUGCUUGUCUUCAUGGUUGACAAGCGAAGAAAGGCAGGACUCCGCGUUUGAGGCUAUCAAGUUGAAGCUUUCCGGACUUCCUAUCAACGAGGAAGGGAUUCAAGCCGUUACUGCAGACAAAUAGUCUUCAUUUUGAGAUGGAAUUAUUUUUGUACCCUAAUUGUAGGCAAUGCGACAACGAUGAUAGUUGAUUUUUCCGGCAUUUUGUCAGCCCCCCCUUUUUCCCUUUUCGAGGCUGGGGUAAUUUUUCACUAGGCAAAUGAUUGUGAGGAUGCAAUUAAUUUAGGCGGAAUGCGACUGAUGUGCAAAAUUACCAUUGGACGAUGACAGUUUGGGCCCCACGGCCCCCCAUUGCCACGGCCGUCGGUUUUGGAAAGUUGUGCUCUUUCAUUGUUUAGGAGUUGUUGCCAAUCCAUUAUUUGCAACUGUAUUUGCAUUUCCGUAAAUGUUGUGGCAAAUUAGAUACAGAACUAUUUCUUUGAUUUGAAUCCGGAACUCUGGUUCAUGUGGUGGCUAGGUGGCUAUGAAAAUCCUUACAGAUCCCCUCAGUUAAAGAACAUUUUCCCAUGAAAAAUGGUGAGUUCACAAGUUCUGCUCUUUUCAAGUGAAUAAUAGUUCUGCCCAGAAUUUGCUUGUUUGGCUUCA